AUGGACAUUCUGCACGAGGACGACGCGGUAAUCGCGCUGAACAAACCCGCAGGAAUACGCGUUGUACCUUCCCCCGCUAACUCAGCAACCUCCCAGAGGCCAACAGCGACGAAGACAGACUCGGUAAUCGAACGCGUUUUAGCUCACUACAAAGCCCUGGGCGAUUCUUUUCUGAUUCCGGAGACCUUGCGGAGUCUUCCCGCAGCCUCUGAUGGGAUGGCCACCCCCGACGGCAGGGAACCCCUCGAGCUUGGCUCAGGAGAACCCAUGGAAGGCCAACUAACUCUUGGACAGGAUGCCGUCGUACACCGAUUAGAUCAAGGGACGUCUGGUGUCUUGCUUCUAGCUAAGACUGCAGAUGCUGCUUCGUCUUUGCGGCAACAAUUUAGAGAGAGGAGAGUUAAGAAAAUAUAUUUCGCUGUUACACAAGGGAUGCUUAAAGGGCCUAUGACAGUCACCUCCUGCAUAGGGAGGGACCCCAACGAUCGCCGCAAGAUGCAGAGUGCGCGUCAGAUCUGGGGUGUACAUGGAGCUGCUACGCGUGUUGCCACUUCAGGGAAGCUACGAGGGGCCGUCACUCUAUUAAAACCUCUUUUAUUCAACGGGAAGUGGAGUGUUGUGCAGGCGUCCCCCGUAACAGGGAGGACCCAUCAGAUUCGACUGCACCUUCAAAUGCUAAAAACUCCCUUAAUUGGAGACCCUCUAUACGGAGAUGCCAGCGCGACAAGUGCAUUUCUUGCUUCUGCAGUCGCCCUUAGGUCGGGGUGUUCUAGGGGCCCCCUGGGAGUGUUGGGUCAACACGGGGCUCCCGGCAUGGCUCUUCCAGGGAGGAGGGGGCACAUUCGGCCGCUGCUGCAUGCAGCUGAAGUGUGCUUUAUUCACCCUAGGACAGCAGAAAGUUUGCUUGUGCGCGCGCCUCUGCCGCCAGACAUGCGGGGGGCGAUUGCCGUCGUCGAUCCUCAUUGGCCUACAGCCCCCGAGCUAUCGCCGUUUGCAGGGGACAGUAGAGACCCUUCAUUUAAAGCUGCUUUUCUUGAGAAACUUCAUCACCUGGGGGAGGUGGGGAAGGGGGAGGUGCCUUUUGCUUCUGCUUAG